AUGAUCAAAACAAGAUUGCAGCUGGCAAAAUCUAGCUUCAAAGCCACAAGAAAGACAAAAUUCGUGACUCACGGUUGGUUAUCGAGUGGAUUUUCGGACACUUGUCUGACGAUCAAGAACGCCUAUUUAGAUCAGUCUGAUUUAAACGUCAUCGUCUUCGAUUGGGGUAAAAUCGCCGACAACGUGAUCUAUUUAGUACCGAUGCAGUCAGUGCCACUAAUAGCGAAAUACGUCAGUGAAUUUUUCAACUAUUUGAUCGACAAUUACGACGUUAAUUUGGAAGACGUGCAUUUCAUCGGUCACAGUUUGGGCGCUCACAUCAGCGGACACGCCGCCCGCAGGAUCAGGAAGGGAAAAAUCGGAAGAGUGACCGGUUUGGAUCCGGCUCUUCCGGGUUUCGCUAAACCGGCCACGGUUCCGGGUGGCACUCUGAUGAAGUCUGACGCUCAGUUUGUGGACGUGAUUCACACGUGCAUGGGCGUCCUGGGCGUCGACUAUCCGAUUGGGCACGCCGACUUCUAUCCCAACGGCGGAUGUCCACCGCAACCCGGAUGUGCUAGCGUGAUGGCUGAAGUGAUUGAGGCUUGCAGCCAUGGUAGAAGUUGGCAAUACUUCGCAAAUAGUAUAAACGAUACGAUGCCGUUUUUGGCGCAACAUUGUCAAUCGUACGAUGAUUUUGUUAGGGGGCAAAACUGUUAUGGGGAUGCGAUUCCAAUGGGAGAUCCGGUCCCGGAAAGUGCCAGAGGAGUUUACUUUCUAAGAACCAAUCUAACUUGGCCAAUAAAUUAA